AUAAAAAGCCUGUGGCCCGACGGACUGAGAGAGUAGACGGAGCAGACAGACUGACCCUGGACUGUACUGCUGACCCAGAACCAUGGCACAGAACGGAACCGCGGAGAACGGAGUGUCAGAGGGGAUCCCUGCUUUGCCUUUCCCUCAGCCUGUCAAGAUCCAAGGCAUCAGGCACACCGAGAUUUUCAUCGGAAAUGAGUGGCACACAUCCAGCAGUGGAAGGACGUUUCCAACAUUCAACCCAGCGACAGGUGUCAAACUCUGUGAUGUGGAAGAAGCAGACAAAGAAGAUGUGGACAAGGCGGUGGAGGCAGCCAGAGUUGCCCAGCAGAGAGACUCUCCUUGGCGGAGAAUGGACACGUCCAGUCGCGGGAGGCUCCUCAACAAACUGGCCGAUCUGAUGGAGAGGGACCGGCUCCUGCUGGCGACUCUGGAGACUUUGGACACAGGGAAGCCCUUCUUGCAGUCCUUCUUCAUAGACUUGGAAGGCAGCAUCAGAACCCUCCGUUACUAUGCAGGUUGGGCAGACAAAAUUCAUGGCAAGAGUCUGCCUGUAGACGAAAGCUUCAUGUGUUUAACCAGACAUGAACCUGUUGGUGUAUGUGGAGCCAUCAUUCCAUGGAACUUUCCCCUGCUGAUGUUCGUGUGGAAGAUAGCACCGGCUCUGAGUUGUGGAAACACUGUGGUCAUGAAGCCAGCAGAGCAGACCCCGCUCACAGCCCUCCAUGUUGGAUCGCUCAUCAAAGAGGCGGAGUUCCCUCCUGGAGUUGUGAACAUCGUCCCAGGGUUUGGCUCCACAGCUGGGGCAGCCAUUGCCAGCCACAAGGACAUUGACAAAGUAGCCUUCACUGGCUCCACUGAGGUGGGACAGAUGAUCAAAGAAGCGGCAGCUAAAAGUAAUCUAAAGAGGGUGACACUGGAGCUGGGUGGCAAGAACCCCUGCAUUGUGUUUGCUGACUGUGACUUGCAGGUGGCUGUGGAGGAAACCCAGAAGGGAGCAUUUUAUAACCAGGGUCAGUGCUGCACGGCUGCAUCACGUGUCUUUGUGGAGGAAAGUAUUUAUGAAGAGUUUGUGCGCCGCAGCGUCGAAAACGCCAAGACGAUUGUCAUCGGAGACCCGCUGGACCCCCAGACAUCACAUGGACCACAGAUUGAUCAAGAGCAGUUUGACAAAAUCAUGGAUCUAAUAGAGAGUGGAAAAAAGGAGGGAGCCACGCUGGAGUGUGGAGGUGGAGCCGUGGGUGAAAAGAGCCUCUUCAUUCAACCCACCAUCUUCUCUGGAGUCAAAGACCACAUGCGCAUCGCCAAGGAAGAGAUCUUUGGUCCAGUGCAGUGCAUAUUCAGCUUUAAGAGCCAGCAGGAGGCUAUAGAAAGAGCAAACAACUCACAGUACGGCCUGGUGUCAGCCGUCUUCACAACAAGUAUGGACAGAGCUCUGUCUGUGUCUGCAGCUCUGGAGACUGGCACUGUCUGGAUUAACUGCUACAACGCCCUUCAUGCCCAGACUCCCUUUGGCGGGUAUAAGAUGUCAGGCAAUGGACGAGAGCUUGGAGAGUAUGCUCUGGCCGAGUACUCUGAAGUGAAAACGGUGACCAUCAAACUGAGGGAAACCAUAUAAGAAGAACUGGGAAAUUCCUUGUUCCCUGCACUUCCCAUCACAUCAGGCCACAUCUCAAUUCUCCCACAUACAAUGGUCAUGCUCACUAUGCAGGCAGCAGGGUUGGGCCAAUAUAUCAGUCUCCCUGUUGAAACAUUUAAGGAGAAAGGAUUUUACUCAACAAUAAUUAAUUUCCCAAUAUAUAUAUAUAUUUUUUUUUUCUGGUGACCCCUUAGGACGACUUUGUGAUUUGAAAAUCAGGAAAGUGCUUAGUUGGUGUAUUUCUAGUUCAUCCAAUCCAAGCAUACAAUUAAACAAAUUUGAAAAAUUAAGACUCCAGUAAUAAAGCCAUAAUCAGUCACUAUUUAUUUGGUUUAAAUUAAGCAAUUAAUUUGGUUGAUAUUCCAGAUUUAUGGACUGAGAAAAUACAAAAACCUCCUAGGGCCUACAUCAGACAAUGGAGUUUGCUUAUUUGUCAUGGAGCUGGUUCACUUGUCAUUAGAAAGUGUUGCAUGUGUGGGGUAGAUAGUAGCUGCUGUCUCUGUUAGACUUCUCCUGGUUGGUGAACUUUAACCUCUCCCAGUGGAUGCUGUCAGUGUGUUUGGUCUGCUGUUUCCAGGAAGCUCAUGUUGUCUGUUUUCUGCUGUUUCAUCCAGACUCCUGUCCCCGACCUAGUCUGCACCUCUGUUUUUGUUCCAUGCUCACUUGUUUAGAGUUCCUGAAAAAGUGUGGGACUAAAGAAAGGGUUGACUAAACAAUUUGUUAUUAAGUGACAAAUGCCACAUAAAUAAAUAUACAUUUUUGGCAAAAAUAUUCCAAAUAUUCAGUGAAAACAUUCAAAUGCGCUAUCCAGUGGAGAGAAUGAUAAUUGUCUUUUAGCUGAAAAUUUUUAGUGUUGUUGUGUUCCAGGGCCCAUAAGCAAAACUCAGUGAGUCCGAUGUGUUUGUUCUAACACAGGAAACGUAAUGGAAGUAGAUGCAAGAAAAUGGAACUGGUGUCAGGCCCUCUCUCUGGGGUUGUUUUCUGCCAUGUGAACUGCAUGGAUGUCUCUCAAUUUAAGAGUGUUAAAAAUAUUCCUGCUGUUAAAAUGUCACAACUGCCUUUCAAUCCCUAAAAGACGAUUAAUUUCAGGGCAUAUACAUGUGAUUUAAUUUGUUCAAAUGAUUUCCAUUCAUUUGGGACGUGGGGCAAUACAAGAACGUCAGAGAAAACAAAUACUGUUUAUUUAUGUAAUUGCUGAGUAACAGAUGUAUGCCACUACACUUUUUGUUUCUAACCUGGUGUGAUCUAAUAUGAAUUAUCUCUGCUGAGGAGAAUGUGCCUUUCCUUUCAAAUAUUGGAAGGAACUCUAUUUCCUGUCCCAGAUAAGGUAAUAUUUACCUUGCCAGUAACAUUUUAGUACUGUGAUAGCAAUAAUGUUAGGGCCACUUAUGAUUUUUUUUUUCUCACAUACUGUCUAUGUUUUGAAUGGAAAACAGGUUUCUCUGUAAUUUUGUACUUAAAUAGUUUGGAAUAAAGAAACUCGACUAUC